AUGGAUUCCAUUGAGGAGUUUGAGAUAGAGACCGACAGCCCUACAUAUCCACAGGGGCUGUUUGUAUCGGUUGUCCUCACCCCCAACCCCCCUCCUCGAUCUAACAACCUGACCUGCCCGAAAAACGUCUGUAAGGUCACCAAACCUGGGAGCAAAUUGACCAGCUCUGACAACACCCUGAAGACCACCAAAAACUGUGCGUCAAUAGCUGCGCCAACUGCCUCUCGUCUUGGCUACCCGCCAGUUAGCCGUUUCAGCACCUGGAACCAGUACAAUGGAGCGGCUCAGAUUCAGCACCUUGGACAGCGCAGGACUUCUGCUACGUUUGUUCGUACCACCCGGUUUUCAGGGAUCCUGGCCCGGUUGACCGUGACGGCUGAGCAGGAAGGAGAGAAUCUCUCCGGUCUGUCCACCAACCCAGACAAAGACAUCUUCGUGGUUCGGGAGAACGGGACCACCUGCCUCAUGGUCGAGUUCGCUGUCCGCUUCACGGUCCCCUUCGACGUCCUCGCGAUCAACGGGAUAGACCUCAUCACGGAGAAUGCGUAUCUGGCUUUGCCUCGCGGGGCAGAUAUUGAAGGGAAAUGCGGGAGCCAGGACGCGGAUAUACACAUCUCGUGGAAGGAUAAGGCCUACACACUCCGCAUCAACUUCGUCAAGGAAACCCGUGACAAGGGAGAUGAGGUGUGGAAGAUUAGCAAAUUGCAGUUUGUUUAUGACACCUCGGAGAAAACGCAUUUCAUCAACCCAUACAACCCUGGGAAGCACACAGCCAGCUCCCACGGUCUGUCAGCGUUAGUGACCCCUGCUGGCCGCUCGUAUGUCUGCGAGGCUAAGCAGACACUCACCCUCAUCUCCAGUGACCACCAAAAGGGAGUGACUGUCGCCAUGAGUGACAUUCAGAUCCAGCCCUUCGACAUCAACUCAGACUUCAUGUUUAGUGAAGCCUAUAAGUGCAUCACUGACCAGCGGGAACAGCUGGAGGAGACUCUUCCUCUGAUCCUGGGCUUCAUCCUGGGCCUCAUCAUCGUCAUCACACUGUCCGUCUACCACUUCCACCUCAAACUGACCGCUGUCACCCAGCCACAGCUGCCCCGCGACCGGUCCAUGUACAAGAACAUGUAA